CUACCACCACCACCGCCACCACCUUGUCCUCCUCGGCCUCCCUCGCCUGGGUCCUUCUGCUCCGCCCCCCAUCCCUCUGAGUUUCCCUGCCGCUCCUUUCCCGUGGGUCUCGCUGGCGCGCCCGAAUUAACUGCUCGGCACUGAGUCCCACACGCGGCUAAAGGGCGCUCCGUCGCUCCCUCCCUUCCCCCCUCCCACAUCUGCCUCCUGGCCUUCGGCUCCCGGCAGGCAUCGGUGCUUUCCAACUGCAACUUGCCCACUCCCCCUCGCCGGCAGAGAAGGCACACAUGCAACCAUCGGUCUUUCGGGACCUGGGCGUCGAGUCCAAUGACACCCCACGCGCUGGCCCCCGGUCGCUGCCCGAGUUGGUCACCCUGGUCCGACUGUACUCAGAUGCCGAGCAUGACCUUCCCUCACGCUCGACUGCCUCGCUGCAGGUUGACAUCCAGAGUCUGACGCGCAUCGAGUCCGAGCUCCAGGCUCUGAUCGGGUGCCUGCCGCGGACCGCGCCAGAGGACUUGUCCCAGGCGCGCCUGCUCCUGGAUGAAAUCCAAACGUGCAUCCUCAUCCGUGAGCAGUUCACCAAUUCCUCCGAUCUGGAUCUGGCAUCCGUUUUGAGCAAUGUCGCCGAGCCCUCCUCGCCAGGUGUCCCCGCCGACGAGGGCAUCCCCGAUAGCACGGGCGCUUCGCCGGCUCCGCGGGACCGGGCCCCCUCGGCCGGGCGCCCGGCGCCAGCGGCCUCGGCCGCCGCCACCGCUGCCCUGAUCGACAACAUGGCUUCCUCCUACACCCGGGAUCUGGAUAUGGUGGUGGCCAUCGACGACCAGCUGGGCAUCUCGACUGCCUCCCAGAAGGGCAUCGGCGAUCAUGCGGCCGCGGCGCGCCUGGCCCCGGCCAUUGCUGCCCGGACCCGGCGUAUGUCCAUCCGCGAGGAGCCCGGCCAUGAGGGCCCCGGGCGCUCGCGCUCCGCUUCCACCAUUGGCUCCGUCGGGUCCGAGUCACAGCUGCUGCCCUCCUUCAGUGCGGCUCUGGUGAACCCGGACCCGACGCUUGGACGCUCGCCGGAUGCCCUGGCAGUUGAUGGUAGUGCAUCCACCAUGACGUCUGUCCAGGCCCUGGCAUCGGCCGAUGCGCCCGAAUCCUGGCAGUGUGCAUCGCUCGAUGACCGGGCUCUGCGCGCGGCACUCUCUGCCGCGGAGCCCAUCUACCGGCGGGUCCUUCGGUCGAUCAGCGCACAGCUCUGCGGAGCCCGCGUCACGCGGGCCCCGGCCUCCGGGUCUCCAGUGCAGCGGGCCUUUUCCUGGGCCGGCGCUGCCAGUCGCCGCCACACCCUCGGCUCGCCGACCGCCCUGGCGGUUGCCCCGGGAUGGAUUGCCAUCGGCACGGCACAUGGCUUCGUCAUCAUCUUCGACUUCCAGCAACAGCAGCGCUGGCUCCUCGGCGGCGGCAUGGACACACCGGGGACGCAUUCACGCGGCAGCUCCGGCGCCACAUCGCCAUCCUACGGCCCGGUGACUGCGCUGGCCCUGCAUGCGCCGCGCGGCCCGGCCACCGACCCGUCAGCCAUCGCGCCUCGCUGUGCUUCGGGCUAUCGCUCCGGGCAUGUCAUCAUCUGGGACCUGGUGACCGGGAAAUCCGUUCGCACCAUUCAGCCCCUCUCCACUCCGCCAGCCGGCGCCACAGUCACCAAUGCCACACAGGGAAAUGCUCGGCCUGGGUGGACCGGCGAGUCGGGUUCCCCGGCCUCCACCCCGGGCCCCUCCAUCCCUCCCGGGUAUGUGGCCGAUGCCGGCCCUUCCCCCUCGGCCAGCAGCCAGUCCAGUCUCUCGUCGGGCCUGUCGGCGAUCAAUGUCUUCGGUCGGUCGCGAACUGCCUCCCAGGCCUCUCGCCUUUCCGCCAGCCCGAGCUCCGGGUCCGUGGCCGAAGACGACGCCGCCGCCGCCUCGGAGCUGAGCGCCUCGCCGAGCUCGCGUCUGCGCGCCUUUUCCAGCUUUCCGUUUGACUUCCGCCCAUCCCAGCCGGCCAGCCCGUCGGGCCCGGGCGGCCCGGUGGCUCUGUCUCCAGCCGUGACACACCUGCAAUUUGUGCCCUUCUCCUCGGAGCAGCACAGCCUCGAUGAGGGGAAUGACAUCUUGGUGACCGAUGCCUCGGGCAAGUGUGCUGUACACACGAUCAGCCGCUUGGUGGCUGUUUGGACGGUCUCCACGCAGCACAUCGCCACCGGGCCGUUGCUGGUCGCCGCGGCGCUCGGCUUUGGUCAGACCGGGGUUGUGAGCCAGGCUCCGAUGCAUCCACUCUGGGGGAUUGCCUCGCAGAUGUGCCUGCUUGCCUUCUGCUCGGCCAAUGGGGUCACGAUCCUCGCGCUGAAGCCCAAUGCCCAGGUCAUUUUCAAGGCCCCCCUUCCGCCGCUUGAUCGAUCCCUCUGUGACGAUUCGCUGAAAACCCACAAUCUGGUGUCCUGCCGCUGGCGUGAUGAGCCUUCACUGCCGCCGGCGCUGGUGAUCAACUGGGGACGCCUCCUGCUCGUUGUGGAGGCGCAAUUCCCGCAGGCGCAUUCAGCCAGCUCCUCCGUCCUCUCCUCUCCUGGGAGCUCGGGCCCCGUGGUGGGCCAGCCUCUGGCUUUCGCCAUUUCGGCCGCCCGCAUGUGCGAGCGCAUCGGCCUUGGCGCUUGGUGGAUCAGCUCCACGAUGAUCGGAGUGAUGGACAUCGAGGAGCGCCUCAUCCUGCGCCAGUACAUCCCCUUCCCCCGGCAUGCGGGCAAUGAGGAGGAUCACUUGGACAUUGAUGACGUUGACGACCCGAUCAUCAGCCACAUUCUGGCCAAUUCCGACGGUGGUGUCAUCCUUCCCCGGGCGAGUCAAGUGGCUCGCGUCCAGUUGGAGUAUUCCGGUGCCUGCUCUCUGGCCCGGGGAAGCCUGCUCUUCUCCCUCCGGCCGGGGCACGCGGCGCACAUGAGCCCAAGCGAGCCCCCCGGCACGCCGAAUUCCCUGCUGAUCGAUUACCAGCCGGUGAUCACCACCUUCCGGGGGGCUCUCCACCUGCUGAUCGGCGACCUGACUCUAGCCAGUGAGGGCGCCGACUCGAGUCCCAGCAGUCCGGAGUUCGACAGUGGCAGCCCCGCAACCGGGUCGCGCGUAGACCUGUCCAUGAUGACAUUGACCCCGCUGGAUUGGCGGUCGCGGGUGCAGUCGCUCCUGCGGCGAACGCGCGUCUUCGAUGCGCUGACCCUGGUGCUGGCCCUGCACGCGGGCCGGGUCCGAGCCCUGGGCCUCCCGCGGUAUGAUCAGCUCCCGCCGGUGGGCCAGGCCCCGGUGACGCCGCUGUCAGUCAGCCAGGCCCUUCAGCGGCUGGUGUCCCAGGAGUUGCGCGACUUGCUGGUGGCCUUCACCAACCUGUCCCUGGAUCGGGCCCGGGUGGACCGGCGUCUGCAAGCCCCGGCGGCGCAGCCCGAGCGCGAGGCCCGCAUCCGUUUCAUUCUGACCGUGGCCGUUGGCACUGCCCUGUCGGCGUGGGAUGCGGCCGACCCGCGGGCCGCCGGUCCGGUGCCCGGCGGGUCCCCUGCCGCCGGUGAUGCCUCGCGUCACUUGGCCUUCAGCGACGGCGGCCUCGAGGCCAGCCAUCUUGGGGCGGCCUUCGUUCUCGGGGACCUGCGCCAGCUGUUCUUCGCGAUUGCCGACUCCGAUGAUCCCGAUGGCCAUGUCGAGUACCAGCAGAUGGCCGGGUCGGGUACUUCGCGCGAGUGGGCCGUUCGCUGGCGCGCUGCCUUCUGGGACGCCGUUGAGGCUGCCUUGCUGGAUGGUCGUCUGCGUGGGUGGAUGGUUCCCGACGCCUUUACUGCCUUUUCCCAGCACCUGGUCCGGUCGCAAUCUAUCUCCCGCCUGGAGCCGGCCCUGCUGGCGCUGUCCGCGCCACUGGCCAUCCGCAUCGAUCCGCAGGAGACCCUCAAGCUGUCGAAGCAAUACCUGCUGGACAAUGCGCUGGCCCGUUUGUGUGCCAUUGACCUGCUGGCCGAUGUUGUGGCUCCGGCCCGGUGGAUGAUGCUGCGCGGCGGUGUGUCCACCAUGCCAAGUGUCUGGAAGCGCCUGGCCAAUGCCUGGACGCAAUUUUUGGCCAUGCGCAUGCGCCGUCUGGGCAAGCUGCAGUCUGCAGCGGCCCCGGAGGACGGCGACCCAGCCGGCGGCGGUGGUGCGGUCGUGCGGCCGGCCAUUGGCGAGCACCUGCAGUUCCCGGACGCCCAGUUCGCCCACCUCACCUCCUCCGAGGGAGCCCUCUUCUUCUAUCUUUCAAAUAUCCUGACUGGCUGCGAGGCCCCCUCCGGGACACCGAUCAAGUUCAACCCCUUCUUCUCGGACGCGACUCCCGACCCGCGCGUGGACCUCUACCACUGGCUCCUUGGCGGACCAUUGGAUGCCGAUGAGAUUGCCUCAUGCGGCCCCUGCCCGGCAUCAACCAUUUCCAACAUCAGUAGGAUGCCAGCGCCGCGGCUGCGGGCCCUCCUCCUGUCGGAUCCUCGCUCGAUGCUUGGGGUGCUGUCCUUGGCCAUGGCAGACCCGGUCAUGGACCCAUCCAUGCAGCAUACCGGCUCCUCGCCUCAGAUCCCCAUUUUCUUCUCGCUUCAGCAAAACCGGCCGAUGUCCAGCGAGGCGGACAGCCCGCCUGGCAUCAUCAGCACACCAAGCGGCCAGGCUUUGUCCCAGCCGCCGGUGAGCCCGUCAGCUUCGGGAACAGUGGCAAAUGGCACGCUCAACCGUAUUUUCCUCCUGGAGCUGGUCCUCUCACUGGUCCUCUCGACCACCCAACAGCAGGCACACUCCUUCGAAGAUCUCCUUCGGGACCCGGCCGGCGGUCAGUCGGUCGCCGCCGGUGGCGACGUGACGUCCUUCGGCUUUGAGCAGGCCUGCCUGUCAAAGCCACCCUUCCUGCCGAGCCAUGCCUGCUCGGUGCUCAUUUUCGCCGCGCGCAUGAUCGCUCGCUUCCCCGAGGAUCUGGAGCAGCUGCCGAACGCCGCGUCGCUCAUGUCUCGCAUCAUCCUGGGCUUGGCGUCGAAUCCGCCUUGGAGUCGGAGCCACCCACGCGGGGGGGAUGCCCCACGGGAGAACGGCUCCCCGGAGGCCGAUGGCUCUGGUGUGCUGGCCUCCUUCACCGACCGGCACUCGGCCCUCAAGGCGCUGCUGUCCUCGUCGAGCGCCUUCCCGGCGGAUGUGCGCCAUGUCCUGACCUCGGCGCCGGCGCUCAACCGCUACGCCGCCGCGUCCAUGUGGCGCCUGUCCUCUCGAGCGGCCACCAUUGCCAAGAGCUGGGCCUACACCGUGCACUCCUGGGCCAAUGACCCGGCUGGUCUUGAUGCCGAGGAGCUGGCACUCGCCCUGAAUGUGGCUGCCAUGGAGACCGACGGCUCGCUGGGUCUCCUGAAGGAGUCUUUCUUUGCGUCGGUGCACUCGCUUCUGGCCACCAGCCAGCCGAUCGCCGUGGCCGUGGCCACACGCGACCUGCUGCUGCAUUCGCUCAAUGAAGCGUGCUCCACCCCGCUGAUGGUGUCCUUCCUGAUCCAGCUCCAUCGCGAGCAGGACCGCGCCCGGUUGCGCUCUCUCAGCCACACGCGCUCCGAGCCGAUCCUUCACUCGGCGUAUGGCCCGCUCGGGGCCCAGGCAUCGGAGAUCAUCCUCAUGCUGACCUCCGAGCGGGGGGCUCUGGCUCAGUCGCAGCACCAGAUCGUCGAAACCGUCCUCCAUGCCAUCACCACCUGCUUGCGGGACGCCACCCUCCCCGAGAAGACCCUGUUCGGCUUCCUUUCCCACUUGCUGGAGGAGAGUCGCUUGACCACCCCUCCGCGGGAGCAUUCGGUCGUCGGACAGACAUUCCACCAGCUUCUGGCCAAGCUGGCCCCCGUGCAGUAUGCCAGCCUCCAGAUGAUGUACUUCGAGCUGAUGUGCAUCUGCGAGCCGGGAAAUGUCUGCGGCUGGCUCAAGCGCAAUAGCACCAUCCCCCUCGAGCAUGCGCUAGCGAUCACGAACAAGAACGGCAUUGCCGAGGCAUCCGCCUAUCUGCUUAGCGUCUCCGGCGACCUGCCGGGCGCCAUUCGCGUGUACUCGCGGGCCACAGAGUCCCUGGCCGUGAUGAUCGCCCGGACGCUGGAGUCCAUGGUGGCUCCUGAGGCCGGGCCGCUGGUCGUCCAUGAGAGCCUGCCCCGCGCCGAGGCGGCGAUGCGCAAGCUGGAAAACCUGGCACUGAGCGCCAUCGCCCUCUGUCAGCGGGCGUCGAUCGCCUCGCGCUCGGUCACGGUGAGCACGGUGGACAUGUACCCCGUCGGCAGUGGUGGGGCCUGGGAAUCGGCCCAGUUGGAUUCCGGCUCCGCGAAUGCCCCCCCGCCACCUGCUCCGGGCCAGACAACCGACCCGCUCGUGGAAACUGUCUGGCUGGCCCUCAUGAACUUUGUCAUCAGCGCUCGGUGCAUUAUCUCCGCCUGUCGGCUGUCAAAUGCGGAGUUCGUUGCCUCUGCUCCCCCGGCCACCGAGCGCGCCUGGCAUGACUGCAUCGCCCGGUGCGAUCAGCUCAUUCGGCAAAUUGCCCGGAGCUGUGCUGCCCACUCGUCGGCUGGCCUGCUGCUGUUGAGCCUGCGCACGGUAACCGCCCUGGAUGAUGCCGGGGCGACGGCGGCCCCGGUCUCAGGCGGAGGGGGGUUUGCUUCGGGCCAGGGCAUCGGUGUCCUUUCGGCCGCGGCCCUGCCUCACCCGGGCAGUCAGCCCUCCGGGCCGAUGGCUCUCUUUUUCACCCUGGCCGAGGGGCACCCGGAGCUCGGGCGUGCGGCAUUGACUCGCUCCAUCGAGAGUGCCUCGCGGCUGGCCUAUCGAUCGGCCCUGGCAGCGUCGCUGGACAAACUGUCGAGGGAUGCCCAGGUUUUGCGUUGCGUGCAGGGGAUUUAUGAAGAUGAAAAGGUCACCUCACAGCGGACCAUCGCGAAGCUUCGCGCUCGUGGCAGUCUCAUUGUCCAGCCGGAAGCCGGCUCUGGCGGGCCAGAGGCCGGUGCGGCGGCGAUGUCGUCGUCUUCAUCGUCGUCGUCGCCGCCGCCGCCGCCGCCGGCGUCCCAUCCGGCCAUCGGCGAGGCCUGGGUCCGUGAACGCCGACGUGACAAUCUGUCCACCCUGCUGAGCGAGAUCCGGCGUGACUCCUUCCUCAAGGGGGCCAUCAUUUCGGCUGGCUUCUAUUCCGACGACGAGGAUCACGACUCGGACUAG